AAUCCGGCGACUGCUCGGAGGUGGAGGCUCAGGGCGCACACUCGCCGCCGCGUGAUGUGCCGCGGGUCCGAACCUGCCCGCUGCACCCUUUCAGGGGCGCUCUCUCGGCGCUGCUAGGCUUCUUGGGCUCCGAGAAGGACCUCGGGGGAGAAAAGAGUCGCGGAUGGGGUCGGGCUGGCUGCCGCGGUGAGGCGGGUUUGGUCUCCUAGAUUGGCGCCCACGCGAUUCCCUAUCGGGAGCCGCCUGCGGUUUGUCAAGCUGGAUGUGCUGCCUCUGAUAACGCAAGUAAAGAAGCGUCUCCGGCCUAGCGGCCCGGGCUGGGGCGACCCUUGCCCUCCCGGCAAGCAGGCGCACUGGGAGGUCCUAAAGAACGGACAGGGUAAAGGUAGGAAAUUUUGGCAGAAGAAUGCAGAUUCCCAUCUACCUAGAGAGAAAAGGGGCUAAUCCAAAAGUAAAUGAGGAACUUAGAAAAAGAUUGCCAACUCCAGAUCAACAUAUUUAGAGAAAAUUGGAAAAGGAGAAGCUUACGACAGCUUUAUUUGAGGACUUUUUAAAGAACGCAGAAUUCUAGCUGUGAGCUUCAAAUCUUGGAGCAAAAACCAGAGACAUUGCCAGAGCAAACAAGAAUAGAAGUACAAAUGGAGGACUGGUCAAAAGAGAUAGCCCAUAGUUACCUUGAACAAGAGACUACAGGGAGAAAUAAAAGUACAGAGCCAGAUGAGCAACCAACUGUGAAUUCUAAGGAAAGCAUGCAUCAGAAAUCCAGUGAAUUGGUUAAUGAAGCCACCUAUGAGGACACAGAACUGCCAGGGCAGAGAUCAAGGAAUUUUCCUUAUCCAGGUGAUGAGACAGCUGACUGCACUAUUGAAAAAUCCAACAUUAUGGAACAUAGAGAUCAUGAUUUGCAUUGUGAGUGUACGAUCCCUUGUCAAGUUACUUCAGACUUAGAUAAAGAGAAGACCAUAGCAUUUCUUCUAAAAGAAUUGGACAUUCUCAGAGCAAGCAAUAAAAAGCUUCAAGAAAAACUGACUAAAGAAGAUAAGGAACAUAGAAAACUAAAGCUUAGGCUGGAACUCCAGGAGAAAGCAACAGAAGCUCAUAUGGCUGAGAAGACAGCAGCUCUGGUUGAAGAAGUGUAUUUUGCACAGAGGGAACGUGAUGAAGCUAUUAUGUCUCGACUGCAGUUAGCCAAUGAGGAGAGAGAUGAAGCAAUUGCACGAGUGAAGCAUAUGGAAAUGUCUCUAAAAGUGCUAGAAAAUAUUAACCCUGAAGAAAAUGACAUGACAUUACAGGAAUUACUGAACAGAAUAAACAAUGCAGACACAGGGAUAGCUAUUCAGAAGAAUGGAGCUGUAAUUGUGGAUAGAAUCUACAAGACCAAGGAAUGUAAAAAGAGAAUAACAGCAGAAGAAAUGAAUGCAGUGAUAGAAGAACGGGAUGCUGCUUUGUCUCAGUGCAAACGGCUAGAGCAGGAGCUUCAUCAUCUGAAAGAGCAGAACCAGACUUCAGCAAACAACAUGAGACAUCUGACUGCUGAAAACAAUCAAGAACGUGCUCUGAAGGCAAAGUUGUUAGCUAUGCAAGAAGCCAGAGAAACUGCAAUUCAACAGUACAAAAGACUAGAGGAAGAAAUACAAACACUUCGUGUUUACUACAGCUUACAUAAAUCUUUAUCCCAAGAAGAAAGUCUGAAGGAUCAGUUUAACCAUACCCUUGGUACUUAUGAAGAAGCUUUAAAAAAUAGAGAAAACAUUGUUUCCAUCACUCAACAGCAGAAUGAGGAACUGGCUAUCCAACUGCAGCAAGCUCUGACAGAUCGAGCAAACAUGGAAUUAGAGCUUCAGCAUGCCAUGGAGGCCUCCCAAGCGGCCAAUGACAAAGUUCAGAAGCUGGAAAGGCUGGUGGACGUCCUGAGGAAGAAGGUUGGAACAGGGACCAUGAGGACAGUGAUCUGACUGAAAAAAACGACAGUCUGGGGAAGCAAUCACAUCUGGUGACCAGGCUGCUUCAUUCAACACUGUGUAAACACUAAAGCCUUAACUUAGCAAACAGUUGUUAGAAGUGGGACACUCCAACCACAUUCCAAGCUGAGAUAAAAUCAGAUCACAAAUGUUUAACCACUUUGCUGCUGACUUAUUUAUCCAAAUGUAUUAACUACAGACUUUUACCAAUGAGUAGCUAUAAAGUUGUAGCUUAUUUUGUAACUAUUUUAUAUCACUCUAUUUGAUAUAAAUCUUUUUACUGAGAGGCCAUUAUAGGUCAUAUCUUCACAUACAGCCCUUUCUGAAUCAAAAUGCAGCAAAGUAAAUAUUGUCUAAACCUUAAUCCAUUGUGUUAGGUCAGAACUUCAAAUACGUGCAUUUUUCAAUAUAGUUUAUUUCUUAACUGAUGAGAGCAGCUCAGACAUGAGAAUGUAUAGUCUUCCUCCAAUGCAUACACAUGAUCUUUGUUAAUAUUAAAGAAUAUUAAAUAUAAAUACCAAGAAUUAAAUGUAUAAUUUGCUCCAAUAGUUUGGUACAUUAAAAUUACAUUAAUCAAGGAAUGAUUUUUGUUUCACUACAAAUAAUACAAACUGUUUUCAAUAAAAAAGAGGAUAUUGUUCAUGUGUACUUAUGGAUUCAUAUUGUCGAUGUUUUUAAUGUUGUGUCUGAAUAAUGAUCUAAACUCUAUUUAAACUGUAGAAAUUGCCAAGUCUGUCUAAUAGGCUGGGACACCUCUGGCUUGAAAAUUAGCAUGUGCCAGCAUGACUCUCAAAGGCAAGAGGCCAUCAAAAACGUUAAGUAUUCUUUUUGAUUAUCUUUAUUUAGAUUACCAUUUGAAUUUUUGUUGUGAAGGAGGGGAAUCCAAGAUACGAUAUACAGUAAAAUUGUAAUGUAAAAAUAUAAGGAUGUGGAAAAAAGAAAACUGGCAGUUUGGCUUGGUUACCUGCUUUUCCUUUUAUUUAAAAAAUUGAAAUAGUAAAGCAUAACAAUCACUUCUAGUCAUAUGAAAUUAUGAAUAAAACCAAGAUUUAUGUAUUUGGCUACAGAAAAAAAUACCUUCUUUAUUUUUUAGAUUGAAUAGAUGAGAGGCCAAUAGAAGAUGACUGUGGCCACAACAGGAUGAAAUAGGCAAGUAGAGAUUGAAUUCGUGAGAAUUUUGUGGGAAAGUGAAAAUUUUUCCAAGCCCAUACAAUAUUUUAAUUUAGCUUUAAGACCGAGGUAGAUUCUCUACCAUUGCUUAUUUUCAGGACAAGAACAGAAUAGUUUAUUGCACCAUGCUUUGGAUACACCAGUGGAGAUUAUUCAUGUGAUUUUUUUUUUUUUUACUCUUGCAGGAAAACAUAAGGAGCUUUAUCAUAGGGCCACAAAAGAAUCAUAAUGUUAACAAACUCGAUUUCCUUCUCAUGGAAUUUUUUAAACUCCGUGGCCAUUAGAACCAUUCCAUUAAGUUCAAAUUUAGAGUUUACUCAUGUCACCUGCUUUUAAUUAUUUUUUUAAACUAUUAGAAUUAGAAAAUAAGGAGCAACAAGGGCUAGAAAUAAGCUAACUGGAUUUCUUCUACAGUCCCAAAGAGAUUAUAGCCUUUCAUAGGCCAGUGACUAUAUAAAUAGAGAAAUUUGAAAUAAUGUGGUCAUGCAUGGAGUCUCCCCUCUGGGCUGUCAUGGAAACAUGUGGGAGCCCCUGUGUGAAGGAAUAGUGCCUUGCAAAUCAUGCAGGUAAGUAAAGAGGAACAGUUCUUGUCACAAAAUAGUCCAUUCCUGAAUCCUCUUCAAGUAAACCACAAGUAAACCUGAAUUUUCAGGUUAGUCCUAAAGAACAGACAAAUCUUUGCUGAGUUAUUUUGCUUGGGGUUUUAUAAAACACACAGUAAGCAUAAAGACAUUUUACAGCUUCCAAACAUCUCUUUGUGUACUGAAAUGAUUAGAUUAGAGCAACCAAUUCCUGUAAUCAAUAUCCAGAACUUUGAAAGAAUCUGAUAGUGUAAAGUUAAAUUUAUAAAACAAUUCUAACAUUUACUAUUAUCAGUGUAGGUAACCUCCGCCAAAAUACCACAUCCCCUUGAAGAUGAGUUGUCUACAAAAUUACAAAUGCUAAGUAUUUCAGCUAAAUAUUAUCAUUAAUUGAUUUCUUAUACUUAAAAAUGUCCACCAACAAUGUUUCAAACCGUCUUCACUUUUGUUCAUAUGAAGGAGUUACCUAGCUUCUGAGAUCGGUUCUCUAAAUACUCGGUAAUAUGAUGAUGAUGGUUUUAGUGCUGUUGUUAUUAUUAUUACAUUGUACAAUUGAAGAAGUAGACUCAGAAUCCUAGGAAUUUGCCAGGGACUGGCGAGGACUUACAGCUGAGGUCUUAGGACUAAACUCCAUGUAGCUGUAGUUCUCUAAACCUUUCUCUAAGGAAAAAAAA